AUGGUGUUCACGAAAGGAGAUCGUAUUAAAAUCAGAGUCGUGAGAGGACAUUUCAUUGCCAAGCUCGAUGAAUUACUAGUGGCUGCUGACACACCAGCCUCACCUCGAACCAAUGUCAAUAACAAUGGCAAUCAUAUGAACAACACUACAACUCUCAACUCCCAUCAUCCGUUGCAACAUGAGAACAUCUCUCAUGUUGUAUCGUCAUCGGAAAUGCCUCAUGUUACCUCUCAACCACAGCUUCAUCCUUCACCUUCUCUGGGUUGCUUGGAACGAUUAGAUCAUAGGAAAACCUAUGUCAUGAUACAACAAGCAGGAAGUAGCUCUCAAAAGGGAGAAUGCACAAAAAAGAAUACAAUGAAACGAGUUAAAAGUCGUGGCACGUUUUUAAUGAAAAACUUUGGUGAGGAUUUGAAUGAGAAUGGAAAUUCGUCGUUAUUUCAAGGUGAGGAGCAUGCUACAAUGGUCGAUCAUGAUUCAAAUGUUUCAGCCUUGUCUGCAGCGAACAGUCAAGAAAAUCUCGAAGAUAUUGAGGCCAUGACAAGUGCAGUCUCUCAUUCUCAAAUUGAGGACGAACAAGAAGGUGACGCCUUUACAGAAUUUCUCUAUCAAUGGAAUCAAGAUUUUGAAUUUCCAGAAAUUGAGUUGACCAUGCAUCAGGUCAGAUUUUGGUUUACUCUCAUGGAGGCCAGAUCAAUAAGGAAGGAUAAAAAACUUGCUGAAGGAUCGUUAUUAAUCGAUGGUGACGAUUUGCAAGCGAUCAAUAAUGACAAAACAGUGAAAGUGAAUAUGAGAACCAUUUGUUCUUCGAAGAAGGGUAAAAAUGGAUUGUCGUCUGUCUCUUCAAGCCAAUCCGAUUUAGAUGCUCAUGACGAUUCUGAUGAUGCCGAGCAGAACAAUACCUCUCCAAACAGUAAUAACAGUUCAAAUCACAAUAACGCAAGCUUUUCGUUACAGUCAGAGGAAGAAAAAAUUGUUGGAUAUUUAGAAGUGCUUGUACGAAUUGAAAGAGAUGAGCAUUUUGCUGCUGCUCGGUUUCUUGAAGAGUCUCAUUGCCCUGAACGAAUUGAGCUUUCUCAGUGGAAUGCCACCAAUAAGAUUAAUAGUCAUGCUGUUUCUACAAGCUUGCCCAAUGAGGUCAAUACUCAGUCCGAUGUUCAUGAACAUAUUAAGGAUUGGACUAAACAUUCAGUGAGCCGAAACUUGGUAAUUUAUCUUCCACAACAAUGGAAGCCAAAGAAAAUGCAAACUGUAAAUAAGAGUUCUCACACCCACUACGAAGCUGAUUUCUGGUCGGAUCGAUGUUUAGGUGCCGAUACAGAGCAUGUUGAAAUUUUGUCAAUUGUAUACCAGAAGGUCUGUUCGAAAACAGAGGAAGAUUUUCAGUUAACACAGACUCUUUAUGAAACUAUGGUUCAUCACAAGUUGUCAUCAGAAGCAAUGAAUGGUGUAAUAAUUUUGGAAAAAAACCAAGAUGUGACAUCAAAUUUUGGAGUUGCUUUUGAUUCCGUUUCCCGAUAUCAUUAUUCCUUCACCAAGAGAAUUGGAUUUGCUCAAGUGGAUCAUGUAUUAUACAUUUUCAAGCCAAAAGGACUCAACGUGAUGUUGUGUGCCACUUUAGAGACAUCUUUUGGUCUUGGACAAGCUGAACAUGAUCUUUUGCAAUAUGCAGCUCAAUCUGCCAUCAUUAUUUAUCAAUAA